AUGCAGCAGGAGGCGCAAGAGGGGGAGGAGGAGGAGGAGGAGCAGCAGCAGCAGCAGCAGCAGCAGCAGCAGCAGCAGCAGCAGCAGCAGCAGCAGCAGCAGCAGCAGCAGCAGCAGCAGCAGCAGCAGCAGCAGCAGCAGCAGCAGCAGCAGCAGCAGCAGCAGCAGCAGCAGCAGCAGCAGCAGCAGCAGCAGCAGCAGCAGCAGCAGCAGCAGCAGCAGCAGCAGAAGGCCCCGUCCAGAGAGCGUUCUAAGCAGAACAAGUCAGACGCGGGGGAUGCAGGAGCUAUGGAGGAUAACGAGGAUGGGAAGAGAUGUGACGAGGACGAGGACGAGGACGAGGACGAGGACGAGGACGAGGACGAGGACGAGGACGAGGACGAGGACGAGGACGAGGACGAGGACGAGGACGAGGAUGAGGACGAGGACGAGGACAAGGACGAGGACGAGGACGAGGACGAGGACCUGUAA